AUGAUCUUCGUCCUCUCUUCUCCUCUCCGCUUCUCGUGUCUCGACCGACGACCAGGAAGUCCCCAAAAUCGAAACCCAGCCCAAAGAACAGAGAUCGUCAGAGACGGCGACGAGCGACGACGACUCGUCCUUCCCUCCAUGGCUCGGCAUCUACUUCCUCCUUCCCUGUCCGUCGCACGCUUCCCCUGUCCGUCGGUCGUCGCUCUGCUCUACGACUUUGACGUCGCCAAUCCCCCUUUAGGCUUCCUCCUUCCCUCGCCGCCGCUAGUCCUGUCGGAACCAACAGCUUGUCGAAAGCUUCUCGCCUUCUCCUGCCCCCAGUGCCCAGUCCUCCUCCUUCGGUAUUGCCACCUUCCCCGCCACCUCCUCCCCUCCUGUGCCUUUUUAGCCUCUCCCUACCCCCUGCCACCUCCACCGUUCCCUCUCCAUUCUUCUACUUCUCCGCACCCAGCAGAUCCCGCGAUGCCGCCUUCCCUUGAUCCUUCCCUUCCCUCCGUGAGACCGUUACUGACCCUUGCCUUUGUUCAGUUUAUUGUUUUGUUGAGCAGGGGCAAGGGGCAGAGGUCGGUUUUGAAGAACAAAGGAGGCCAAACUCCAAUUCUUGGAGAGCAGGCUGCCGAGGCAGCAACAACAAUAGCAAUUAGCAAAGCGCCAAAGCUGAUUUCAAAAUAA